AUGACCCGCAGUGCCGACGAGGUUGCCAAGAGCAAGGACGAUGACUCGCCACAGGAAGCAGAGGAAGAGGUGGAUGGCAGGUGUCUCCGUGAGGUAUCUGAUCCUGCAGAAUCCUUUCACGGAAUAGACAUCGCAGCAAUUGCCAAGCACUUUCCAGACAGUGCUUCUGCCCUUUGUCGUCUGCGCAGCGAUCUGGUUACCCAAGCUGAGAAGCCACUCCUCCCAUGGGAGCUAACUCGCUUGGGCGCUCGCGCUGCCAUGCGCGCGGUGCGUCUCAGCAAUGAAUCCAGCUUGGAAGGUCUGCUUUCGCUCGGCGAAGUCGCUCAGGACUACCCAUCCGGAUGGGGCAGGGCAUUGUCUGCGGGCACUUCAGAAGAUUCGCAGACUGCACGUGAGUUGAUGGAAGAUGCAGAGGCAAUCAAGGGUGACGACACACUACAGGUGAACGGUUGGCAGGUGCCGGAGAAACAACGAGGCCUCCUUCCUGUGCUGCGGGCACAGCUGCCGCUGUUUCGCUCGGCUGAACUUCUAGCCUCUUCCGGAAUCAGCCAGUCCGGAGCAUUUGCCCUGCUCCGGGAUGCACGCAGCGGGCCGGCCGUGCCAUCCAGGGUGAACACCGGCGACCCACGCAUAGAGAAGAAAGGGAAG